CCGUCGCCGAUGCGUUUGCGAACGCGCGAUCAGGACGCGACUCAAUGGACACGGGCCUUCUGUCAAAUAUACGACUAUUCGCGCGACGCUUACUCCGAAUGUGCUCGACGGUGUUUUAAAGAGAUGGUGCGAUGUCGUAUCAAACCACGAUAACGCGCGCGGACAAUAUUGAACUUCUACGAGGAUCGCCGAGCAGAACAUGAACUCAGAAUCUCAAUGGCAGUGUUGUAUAUUACUGUGAUGAAAGAUGCCAAUUCUUAAGGAGCUCUGCUUCUGUUGAAGUGGUUCUGGUUCAAGAGGUCUGCUAAAGCACAAUGAGAGCCAUUGUAUCAAUCGCGCUGAUCACACUGCUGUGUGGCAUAAGUUUAGCCCCCAUUAAUGCCAUUAGGAAAUGUGCCAGUAGAAAGAAAAAUGUUGAAAAUCUUUCUUUGAAGAAUUUAGCAGAUGUACCUGAAGAUACAUCCGAUGAUCAUAAUAUAAAUGAAGAUGUCAAAUUUGAGAUAUGUAAUAAUUUUUGUCAUGCCUUAUGGAAAGAAGAUAAAACUGCAAAUGGUACUGAAAUCAUUAUUUUGUCUCAAGGUUGUUGGAAACAAUCUGGUGAACAAAAAUGUGAAAAUACAGAAUGUGUUGCACUCCAGAGAUCUACAAAAGCUUUGAACAAUACAAAAUUUUGUUGCUGUCAUGGUGAUUUUUGUAAUCUCAAUAUUACAAGUUCCAAUCUUGCUGAUUUGGAUAAAAUAUCAAAUUCUCUUUCUCCACAAAAAAGUCAGCCAACUACAGAAUAUCUUGAACAGUCAAACUCUGAACGAUGGAUGCUUAUUAUAGUAAUUGUCAUAGCAUGUACAUUGCUAGUAAUAUGUACCAUAGCGAUGAUUAUAUACAGAACGUAUCAUAAUAAUAUUUUAAUAAGAUUAGGAAAGCCAUUAUCUUAUAAUGACCAAUUUAUGGAUAGCACAGCAUUAAGAACUGGUACUUACACAGUCGAUCAUUUGAAACUCGCCAAUAUUGUAGGUCAAGGUCGAUAUGGAUCAGUUUGGCAGGGCAGUAUGGGAGAUCAAGAUGUUGCAGUUAAAAUAUAUCCAUCACACUAUCGCAAUUAUUUUCAGAAUGAAAGAGAUACUUACUGUUUACCUUUUAUGGAGCAUCCAUCAUUAUUAAGCUACUAUGGUGUAGAUGAAAGAAUAAGCAUGGAAGGUAGUGUUGAAUAUCUUUUAGUACUCAGUUUUGCUCCCGGUGGUAGUUUAAUAGAAUUCUUACGAACGCAUACUAUUGAUUGGAUUACUUUUUGCAAAAUGAGUCUUUCUAUAGUUAAGGGACUUGCUUAUUUGCAUACGGAUAUACGCAAAGGUGACAAGUUUAAACCCUGCAUUGCACAUAGGGAUAUAAAUUCGAGGAAUAUAUUAAUUAAAGCUGAUGGUACUUGUUGUAUUUGUGACAUGGGAUUAGCAGUUCAAAUCUCUGGAUCUAAGUAUUACUCUAAUGGAGAAGAGCAACAUGCUGAAUUAAAAUCAAUUAAUGAUGUUGGUACUCUGAGAUACAUGGCACCAGAGGUAUUGGAUGGUGCUGUUAAUUUACGAGAUUGUGAAAGUUCUUUAAAGCAGAUAGAUGUUUAUGCAAUGGGUUUGGUUCUUUGGGAAUUGGUUACAAGAUGUUCUGACAUUUAUAUUCCUGGAUCGGAUGUGCCGCCAUAUAAACAGCCAUAUGAAAGUGAAAUAGGUCUUCAUCCAACGUUUGAACAGAUGCAAGUUUUAGUAUCACGUAAUAAAGCCAGACCACUUUUAGAAGGUAACUUAGUAGAUAGACCAGGAGUGCGUUUGAUUAAGGAAACUAUAGAAGAUUGCUGGGACGCCGAUGCUGAAGCUCGUUUAACUGCUUUGUGUACAGAAGAACGACUUUCAGAACUGCAGUCUCAUCGUGUAACAAUGCAUUUUACCGAUGGAAGUCCAAUGGUGAAUUCUCAUUGCACCUUAGUGCCUUCAACGACAAACAGUCUUUAUAGUGAAUCCUCACAUCAUGAUAAUGUACAUGUUGUUCAACUUGCGUUGAAUUUGGUGCAAGAUAAUAAUACUAAUGACAGUGCAAUAGCUGAAAAUUUAGUUACAUUAUCACCAUCUGACAGCAUUGCUCACGAACACAGUUUCAAAAAUUCAAACGAAGUAGCGACAUAUAAUCAUACUCAAACGCUUCAGCCAUAUCAAGGCAGAAAUCCAUGUAUGGAAAGAAAUUUAAUGUUACAAUCGGAUUCGUUGGAAGACUUGGGUUGUAACGGUAAUGUUCUCGUUGACAAAUCACUAAAACAUGCGUGUAAUGAACAAUAUAAAACUGGUACAGAAGCACAAGGUUUGGUUUCGCACGAUUACUUAAGUCAACACACUACUCAAUUAACGCAACUUCGGCCGGCAACGCCGAUACCAUAUGUUCAAAAUGUCAUUUCUGAUGAAGGAUCAUCUUCCUACAAUAGGAGAAAACAGACCAAUAUACAGGACACAUCUCUUCAAGAAAGUCCGCGGAAAAAAUUAUUUGCCUGGCCCAAUUUAAAAAAAUUGCUCAUUAACAAGAAAAUGUAUCCGUAUAGCAGAUACCAAAUAGAUAGAGAAGAUUCUAAGUCAAAUUUAUUAUCAAAACAAAAUGUUCAGAUUAAAACUGUUGAAACAAACGUAACAAUCUCGCCUGGAGGAAAAUAUGUAAAUGGUAUCAUUGGUAAAACUUCUACUUCGGCAAGUAUGCCAGUAGAGAAGAAUGACAAAAAUACCGCACAAACGGGGAAGCAAAAACAGUGUGACAGUGAUAACACGCCAUCCAAUGCGCGUCCUUCCACUUUACCGCUUGUAAAUUUAAGAAACAAGAAGCGAGAAAAUAAUUUAAGUCGACAGGAAAGCAUAGAUAAGUUUAAUGAAGUUUUUAAUGUGGGUUCGAAUGUAAACAAUGUACUGAAGGAUCCACAUAUGAGAAUAAAAACACCUGGUGAUUUACCGCCGUCUGUUAGGAAAAUUCGCGGUCGUGCGCAAUCAACGGCACGAUUUUCGCUUUAUGAUGAUCGUAUGAUGUGCAAUAUCCUGAAUGAAGAGGAUGAUCAAAGUGACAAAGCCAUUUGGAAUUCUGUGCCAUUUGGUAUGGAUCUCGGUGAUAGUGAUGGAAAACACUCACCAACGAAACUUGGUACCAAAAAUGUUACGUGCUUUUAAUCAGAUAUAAUAUUAAUGUAUUUGUAAAGUCUUUUUGUCUAUAAUAUAGUCAGAAAAGAAGAAUGCUGCAAAGUACCUUCAGCUUCGAUUUGUGUACAGAAUUUGUGUAUAAGAAUUAAGUAAGAUUUUAUACUCGAUGCAAACUACAUUAAUUAUAUAUAGACACAUUAAAUAAUGAAAUUAAAAAGAAAACUUAGGAAUAUAUUCACACAGAAACUCGUAACUAUUCAAUUGAUUUGUCAUGUUAUAUUGAUAACAUACUUUGCGCGUAAUGAAUGCUUUUGAUGUAGAUGAUUGAGUAUGACAAGUGCACAUAACAAUUAUAGAUAGAAAAUAAAAAAUCAAAUUGAUAUAAUCUAUGCGUUGAGAAUAAUAAAAAAGGAUUUUAUUUAUCAUUUUAUUUACCAAAAUUGCUUUCAUAUGUAUGAUAUUUGUGCAUUAUCUUCUUUAUAGUAUAAAUGUUCUUUUUAAUCGAUUUUAAUCUAGAAUUAACGAAUUCAGUGUAAUCGGUAAACAUGGACAAUCAAUGUUAACGUUUACAUCACAUUAUAAGAUAUUGUUAAUAUCUCGAUGUGUAAUUGUCUUUUACUUUUUUCACAGCAUUUAAAAGACAUAAUCUCUGUGUAAUGUAAAACAUCUCUUAAUGUCAAUAUUUAUAAAAUAUUCUCCAUUUGAUAUUAGUAAUUCAAAGACUUAUGAAAUUAUGAACGAAAGUAAUGUAAAGAUAAUUCAUUUAUAUUCUGAUUUUGCAUGCUUCAUGAGAAAAGCCUGUAUUUUACUUCUAUAUAAAGUAUAAUUUAAGUUCUGAAA